AUGUCAUUGAAAGCAGUUUCUUUACAUAAUAUCCCUAGUGGUACACCUUUAAAGGAUUUUGUAAAAUUCCAGAUGAAUCGUACUUUGGAUUCAGCUAAAAUUCCUCCUUCAAUGGUUCUUACUUGCCAAAAUGUUUGCUCAGACCAAGAAACUAAAGGAAUAAAUGUUUUCCAGUCCACUGUAAUAUCUGGCAAUAAGCACACACAAGAUUUCUUUGAUAUCAGUGAAAUAAAAUCAUCUGAAGGAAUCCCGGGAAUGAUUUCUUCAUGUCAGAAAACUAACUAUAUGACAAGGAGCGCUGUUCAAAAACGUAAAGCUUGUAGGCCAUUAUCCGUUGAAUCUCCAGCAAAAAUCUUCUUAAGAAUGAAACAAACAGCAGCUCUUGUCAAAGAAAAACACAAGCCUCCAGAAGCUAUGUUGUUGGACCCAAAGUAUACCACAGAUUAUAUUCCUUCUGAAAGGCAGCCUGCCUUUCUACAAAGACCAGAAAAAAUACCUAUUGUUGAAGGUAAACAAAAGACAAAGCUGGAUGAGAAUUUUCUAGAAGAAUCCAAUGUAAAAACAGUUUCAAUGAAAGAUUUUACUGCGGUGAACAAAAAUAUAUGUACUACAGUAAUAAAUCCUCCAUUUUUGGAAUCCCCCAACAAGUUCUUCUCCCGUAUAAAACAGAGGUUGCAGGAAGAUUGGUUGCAGAAAGCAAAGCACCCGUUAAUCACAUCCCAACCAACAAAAAAAAUUAAUAAUUUUAAUGAAGAAUACCUAAGUACUACUGUUAGCCAGAAAGAGAUUAUUGUGGAAACUGCUGAAUUGGCCAGUGAGACUUUUACAAUAAUAUCUAAUCCUGUGAUUAUGAGUGAUGAUCAUGUUAAAUCUAGAGAAUUCUUGAAGGAAAGAGCAUCUGGAAAACUUCCUCAAGAAAAAGCAGUGGUGACUCCAUCCAAAAAUAUAUAUGGCUAUAAAGCGGGAGAAAAUUCAAGUGUUUCGCCACAAAAACCUUCCCAACACCUGUGUGAUACAAUUUUUGAUACUCCAAAAGUCCGUAUACCAAGGAAACGACAGCCUGCUACCAAAGUGCCCUUGGAUGAACCUGAAACAGGAACAAAUGAAAAGGAAAAACAGAUGAUAUGUAUCAAUGAAUGGAGAAUCAGAGUGAUCAAUGACAAUACUGCUGUGUGUCUGGAAGGAAUACGGAGAGAUAUGGAUAAUGUCUUCUGGCAUAGCAAUGCAAUUGUAGAACGCAUUGCACACAAUCAAGUCAAAACCUUGACAGGAAAUACCUACAUAUUAGAUGGCCGUAUUGAUGCAGUUAACAUGAAGAAAGAAGGAAUACCACCUACAUUCAUAAAGAGGUUUGGGACAGGAAUACCAAAAAAUUGGAAAAUGCUUGUUGCUGAUUUGCUUCGUUAUAUGAAAAGGAAAGAAGAGAGAGCAUUUCCUGUAAGUGGUAAUAGCGAAAAAAAUAAAUGCUCAGAAGAACUGGAUCUGCCCCAAAAUAUUGAGAGAAAAUAUAAAACAAAUAACACCACUUAUGAUGUAUUACCACUGCAACAUAAUAAAAUACAUGGUAUGCAGAUGAAAACAAUUGAUUUACAGAAUGACAGUGAGAAAAGUUUCACCCGUAGUGGGCGGUGUAUUAAGCCACCUAUGCAGUACUGGUGUGGGGAACGGAUAUGUCUCGAUCAAGCAUUAAAUAUCACUAUAAACAAAGGAGGUGCCAACUACUUAUCACCUACAACGAGCAUCAUGCCCCCUAUGAAGAGGCAGACUAACAAGUUUCCAAAGAAAAAUGGUGAGGGCCUUUUAAAAGAUCACAAAGAAGUGCCUUUGAAACAACCAAAAGGAAAAAUUAAUAUGAAAUCUAAUAAUAUAACCAAGAAAACCAAAUGUAAAUUGAAGCAACAGUCACAACAUGUUAUUUCAGACACUGAAGAAAAUAACUCUGAAUUAAUCAUUAAAGAUAUUUACAAGAAGAGAGCCACUGUUAUGCUGACACCUCUGAGAAAGAAAACAAUGCAAGAAAAGCAGCACUCCACCAGAAAUGAGCAAAAUGUGACGAAGGAGUGUGGAGAUAUCACUUGCUAUGAAAAAAACUUGGCUGAUGGUGAAUUAGACACUUUGAACUGCCCAUUAAGUUUGUCAAAACAACUUCAACAAAUUGAUGAAGUUGUAGAAAAUAUUCCUUGCACAGAUGAAGAUGCAUCUAGUGAAGAUAUCCCAUAUAUUAAAAGGAAAAUACGGCCUUCUUUCAAAAGAGCAACAUUCAACAAGGAGUGUAAUAAUAUCCAAGGACCAUCAUGUGAGCAGAAAAGUGCAGAGAAUUGUGUAGCAUCUUCUCAGAGCCGAAAGACAAAAUGUUCUUACUUUGGACAGGAGGUCACUCUAGAAAAAUUAAGUAGCAAGAGUUCUUCUCCUGACUUGGAUACCAGUUGUGAUCUAGAGAAGAAGAAUAGACAAAAGUCACAGAAGUGGUUCAAGAGAGCCAGAAAGAAUGCUCUUGCAUCAGAGACCGAAAGUGGUAACAUCCUAGAGGAAUUUCUUGUGGAAGAAAGUAAGAUAAAAAUACCUACCAAGAGAAUUAAUGGUCACAUUUCAACUAGUCCAAAAGCCAAGUUAGGGGUGGGGUCUCUUCCAGACACUAAUGAAAACUGGACUGAAGAAGAAUUGGAAAAGUUGUACAGGGCAAUAGCAUCUUUUCCUAAAUACAAAAGUGGUUUCUGGAUGGAUGUGGCAAGGACUGUGAGAACACGAUCUGCUGAAGAAUGCCAGGAAAAAUACAUGGCAGAGCAGGAACGGAAGAAACGCAGACCAAAGAAGACCUCCAAGCCUGGAAAAAAGGAAGGAAAAGAUAAGGGGACCCAACAGCCGUUGGCAAGGGUGGGAACCCUGAAAAGGAAACAACAGAUGCGGAACUUCCUCGAACAGAUGCCCAAGGAUAACCACGAUGAUAUCUUUGCUUCCACACCUUUCCAAAAUAGGAACAUAAAAUUGCCUCAGUUCUGCCUGGCCCCAGAGGAAGAUGUUUUCCAGUUGAAAGACAGGCAUCCUAUUACACCUGCUUCAGCUAUUUUCCCCUGGUUGAAGACACCCCAAUGUGACCAUAUCAGCCCUGGCAUGCUGGAACCUCUGGAUAGGAAAAUCUGUGAAAAACAUGUCUUCCGUAUGCAAAAUAAUAUCAAAGGCACAUGGCUGGAUAUAAAGAAGAAACCGGCUACGACAGUGUUCACUACUCCCAUAUCUCGAAGAACAAAUGUCUUUAAUUUUGAAGAUGCAGCAACUUCUGCUGGAGUGAGGAAUCUCUUUGAAGUGGAACAAGAAAUGCAGUCUGAUGAAGAGGAAGAUAUGUAUUUUACCACAUAGCCACCUGAUCAAGGCUAUAUCCAUAGAUAUAGAUGUUUUUAAUGAACUGCAAACAGUUGAGUUUUGAUUCCAGGCUGUUUUGAGAUGAAUUAUGUUGUUCCAUAAUUCUGUACUCUCAAUUGUUCAGAAUAGAGAAAAAUCUACCACACAAACUUAACUUUCUGUUUUAGAAGUAGUGAUGCAGAUAUGUAAAGAGAUAGCUGUGGUAAUUACCUUUUUAGUGGAAGUAAAAUAAUCUAUUUAAAAGUUACUUGUGCGAUAAAUGUCAAGAGUAUUGUUUGUAAUAGCAAGAAUCUAUAUUUUCUGUUCAGCAGUGCUUAUGUAUUUUUGUAUUAAACUUAUUUGCAUAGUACCUUUUAAAUGUUUUUGGCCUUUUUAAUUUGGCAAUUAGAGUGUAACUGGAUACAUAACUGAAACAUGUAUUAGCCCACUCUAUGGUUAAUUUAUGUCUGGUAUGUUGUGUG